ACCAGCACCUUUUUAUGCUAUGUUGGCGUUCUUCUCCUUUCUUUUAUCAUACUUGGGAGCGAGAAACAAAGAGAGCAGCCACCUGUGUUGAUACUUCCAUCAUCCUGUUUGUAUCCAAAGGACAGAUCGUGUGUAUUACACCAAUCCACAAUUUGCUAUGCUCCUAUAACGUGGAGUCUAGCCAUCUGGACAUUGGAGUCUUUCAUGGAGUGUACUAUGUCUGUAGACAUCUCAGACUGCUCACCGAGCGUGUACUUCUAUAUUGGAACAAAUGACAGUGACGAAGAAGAUGAAGGAUUUGAAAAUGACUACAUGCCUCAUUCUACACCAUGUAUACCACUUUUUACCCAGCUAUGGAAUGAUAUAAGCAUUUGGGAAGAAGGACAAGAUCCACCACUUAAACUUGCAUUUCAAAUACUGAGAAUUCUGCAAGGACUCAAAUUGAGUCCUCAGGAAAGCAAGCAAUCUCGGGUUUACAAUGCUUAUCUGAAUAGACGGGUCGCUAAAGUCUCAGAAGCUCUGCAGGAAUACAAAGAGCAACUUUGUGCACAGGUAUUUUCCAUUUUUGAAGAAUGUGAACAGCAUGAACAUACUGCUUUAAAGGAAGAAAUACAGCAAAUUAAGAUACAAAUUGAACAGGCAAAGUUAAUAACGUUUCAAAAGGGGCACAGAAUGCGCAAGAAACCUUCAUUAUUACGAGAUAUUAAAGAAGCUUUGAUUGGAUCUCAGCAGCUGAAAACUGGUCUUGAUUUUGUCAAAGAAGACUUAUGUAUUUUUAUCCCACAAGAAAAAGAAAUGAACCGAAGAGAUUCAAAAGGGGAGUAUGAGAAAGAAGAGGAAGAAGAGUCCAUUGGAAAAUGCCUGAGAUUACUGAGGCUCAGCUGGAGAAAAUAGAUGUUCUAAAAAUUAAAGUAUUGAUAUUUCAUCCAACAUUGCUAGUGGUUAUAAACUAAUUUACCAGUCACAGUAUAGAAGACAUUAAAGAAUACCAACAGCUAAAAAUGACCUUGGUUCUAAAGGCCUGUGUUUUUUUUACCUUCAUUCAUGUUAUGCAUGAAGGUAAAAAAAACCUUCUCUGUGCAGCAGCCCCUAGCCCCCCUAAUGCUUACCUGAAAUCCUUCUCAAUUGUGAGAUGUGCCCCAGCUCUCCGGGGACUCUUGCUCCUCAUUGGCUGAGGCAGUAACAUGAGCCAUUGGCUCCCACUGCUUCAAUCACAGCCAGUAAGCCAAUGAGGUGAGAGAGGGUGAGCUGAGCCACAGCUCUAUGUGUUAACAGUGGCUCUGUUUGGGUUCCCCCACUUCAAGCUACUUUCUGUGGGGGCACAGAGGAAGAGUUCAGGAGCACCAGUGGGGGACAUGAGAAGAGGAGGGUCCAGGCUGCUCU